AUGAACUCUCUUGUGAACACUGACGAUCCUCCUCCCAACGAGCAGGUUGUCACCCCAACCUCGCCGGAUUUGCCGGAACACAUCACCUUGGCCACAGAGACAGCCGUGGAACACAUCAGGAUUGCCAAGCUUACAGGGCAGACUCUCAUAGAGCUACGCAAAUGUGUCUCCACGGAUCUCCGAGCCAUCCACCUCCGUCUAGGCCGUCUUACCGAACUCUCGGUCGAGCGGUUCGAGAAUUUGGAGGCUCGGGUCGGUCUUCUUGGAGGCACUCCUUCGAACGAACCAACGAGUACGCAGACACUCGUCGGUUUAAGUUCGGAGAAAACCGCCGAAGGCUCGAGCGCACUUUCUACCACAUCCAACAUCACCACAGCCUCAGAAAAAGACUCCCAGAAGACGGACAAUAAGGACAACAUGAAGUCCCCAUUAGGCCGCUUCCUUUGGUUCUUACAGCCGCGCCACCUCGUUCCGACCUCGACGGCACGCCAUACCCACCAACAACAAUUCGAUCGGCACCACCAGCGAACGAACAGAACAACUCCGAAACGACGCCCAGGGUUACAAGAGCCGCACCCAAGAAAAGCGAGGCCUAUUACUUCAACGUCCUGA